AUGUCAUUCUCUCUCGAUCACCUCUCGUUAGUCCUUGGACAAUGGCUGCAGCCUAUCAUUCAGCGGCUGCCGCCUCAAGUGCAGGAUGUGUUGGGACAUCCACUUGCUCCUAAAGCUAUCCUUGUGUUGUUGGCGCUGGCCCUCGUGCGCCAAACGAACCGUUACUUGACGAACCGGUCAUUGAACAACGGAGUACCUCUCGAGAAAUGGGAGCCCGACCGCGAACUGGUGCUGGUUACCGGUGGCUGCAGCGGCAUUGGCAAGCAAAUGGUGCUUGAUCUAGCCACGACUGGCGUUCGCGUGGUGAUUCUCGACAUUCAGGAACCGACAUUCUCUCUACCGUCGCGAGUUACGUUCUACAAAGCCGACAUUACCUCUUCGGCCAGCAUUGCCGAAGUCGCGGAGAAGAUCCGGGCCAAGCUCGGCGAUCCCACGGUUCUCAUCAACAAUGCGGGCGUUGGCCAUGACGGCACGAUUUUGCAGAAGCCAGAGGCCAAGAUCAGGCAGACAUUCGAAGUAAACACGGUCUCUCACUUCCUUAUGGUGCGCGAAUUCAUGCCGAGCAUGAUUGAAAAGAACCACGGGCAUAUCAUCACCAUUGCCAGUAUGGCCAGCUUCAUCGGUCUGGGAGAUAUGGUCGAGUACAGCUGCACCAAGGCCAGUGCGCUUGCUUUCCACGAAGGUCUGCGCCAGGAGUUGCGUUUGUGGUACAAGGCGCCCAGAGUUCGGACUUCAAUUGUCCAUCCCCUCUGGGUUCGCACGCCAAUGAUCAAGGUCCUAACCGACGCUGGCUCGGAAUUCAAGCAGCCAAUCCUCACACCGGAGAUGGUUUCCGCCGCAGUGGUCAAGCAGGUCGUCAAGCAGAGCAGCGGACAGAUUAUCCUUCCCUCAUACUAUACCCCGCUUAGCAUGCUGCGCGCGCUGCCGAAUUGGUUCCAGGAGUUUGCCCGUGGAGUUGGAUCUCGGGACUUUAUUAAACUCCGCGAGUGGCAGGCAAAGCAGCUCAAGGAGCAGUAA